GGAUCAGGGUUGAUCGCAACACCCCGAGCCGAUCUCGUUGUAAUACAAAGACAGUCACGACCAUAAAAGCACCUGGCACAGAAACGAAGAAAAAACCACAGAUAGAGGCACAUAGAGCGACGCAAUCGUGAAGAAAAUAGAUUGAAUAGUAACACCCCCACAUGAAAAAAUGACUCUUGCAGAUUACGAGAAAGACCCUAAUCAUAUCACCAAUGACUUUAUAAAAUACUACUACAGCAAGUUGAGCUCUGACUGCUCAAAACUCUAUCAGUUGUACGCUCCGGAUGCCGUGUUGAAACAUAUGGAUCACACGUCAGACCCGUUCAAGGCCAUAUCAACCAAUUAUCAUGAUUUCGACAAUAUAAAGAAGUACUGGAAAUCGCUUCCAAGUCUCUCAGGCGCAAAACUUGUAAUAUUAACCGUCAAUACAAUCCAUAAUUCAGACAACUCGCUUGUGACGAACGUUGUGGGUGAACUGCUUCUCAGGGAGGAUUACGAAAUUGAAAGUGUGAUCUCACCAACCAGACUAUUUACCCAAACAUUCAUACUUCAACCCCAUCCAUCGAAGGAUAACUACGAUAUAAGAAGCGAUAUACUCACUUUUAUACCGGAUUCUGACUACAUGAACGUUGAGUUGAACGGUGUGUCUACUUCUGUUUCACAGGACUCACAUUCGGCAGAUGCUUUCCAGAAGUCUGUAGAGGAGAAGCCAACGGAGUCAAGAGAACAAAUUCAACAAGAGGUUGUUGAAACGCCACCCACAUCUAAACUUAACAACGGCUUCAACGGUGCAGAAAAUGGAACAAGCUCUGACAGCAAGAAAUAUACCAAAAACACCAUCCCAACGUCGUCAUCUCCAUCCUCGCCAUCCUCGUUGGCUACUGCAAAUAACACCACAGAACAGAAGAAGUCUACUCCAACGUCCCAGCCUAUCACAAUCCCAUCUUCAUCAUCAUCAGAAAUACCAUCCUCAUCGACAACAGCAACAUCCGUCAACACGCUUACGAGAUCGGCCGAAACCAAUAAAUCAAAUGGUGUCAACCCUACCGCCACUACAUCUUCUGAACCAGGUAAGAAAGAUUUAACCACCAAUUCUACUAAAAUUCCAGCCCAGAAUGGUACACAAGCAGCUGGAGGAGCUGAAAACCAAACUCAUCCUCAACAAAUUUCUACAGAAAACAAAAAUCCUACACCAGUAUCCUCCAACACUCCUCUAAGCACCACUACAAUCAAAUCUAACAAACCUUCUACAGAGGCCUCAAAAUUACAUUCUGCAUCUCCAACGCCGCCACCUUCUUCAGCCCCUUCGGUAAAGCAAAAAGCAUCAUCGUCAUCAUCAUCAUCAUCACCAGCAGCACCAGCGCAAGAGGCAAAGGCACCAGCAGCAUCUCAACCGGCAUCUUCAGCAAGCAGUACUUGGGCAAGUGCACUCAAAAUCACUAAUAAACCUGCAUCUCCUCUACUGUCUCAGUCACAAACUGUGGCGCAACAGUCGCAUUCUCAGCCUUCGCCAAAAUCAGCAUCCACUCAACUAUCCAGCUCUGCAGCAUCAUCUUCUACUGUCACUUCUUCUGCAUCUACUUCUGGGAAUGCCAAUCAACUCAACAGACCGCAGCUGUAUGAAAUUUACGUGAACUUCAAAAACAGUGCUGUUCCUGUUGAUGAAAUUGACUUAAAAUCUGCAUUUUCAAGCAAUAAGUUUAAACACUUUACUAUUGUUACAAUAAAUAAGAACAAUACAGCAAUUGUGGGAUUUAAUUCUCAAGAAGAGCAAGCUAGAGCAUUGGCUUUGGGUAAGAUUAUCCAAGGUGAGACCCAGUUCGGUAUAGACAAAAGGGAGAAAAAAACCAAUGGCAAAAAAAGGUCGAGCACCUUCAAAAAUGCCAACAAGAGAAAUUGAGAGGACUACGGCUGGGUCCAAUUGUAUAUCAUUUAGAACUAAAAGGAUGAUGCAUUUGCAAACCAGACCAAAACUAUAAAAAAAUAUAGAAAUAUCAAAC